UAGCGUUCUCUCGCUUCAACUAAAACGGAAGUGGCACUGAGGUUGUAAACAAUAAGCAGACAGACGGAAUCCAUCUUUUUAGCGUGAGUCUGAAAGGUCGGGAACUAACAACCCAAAAUGGGGUCUGUUCUUGGACUAUGCUCUAUGGCAAGCUGGAUCCCCUGCCUUUGCGGUAGCGCCCCCUGCCUGCUGUGCAGUUGCUGCCCCAGCGGCAACAACUCGACAGUGACGCGGCUCAUCUACGCCUUCUUCAUGCUGCUGGGCGUGGGAAUCGCCUGUAUUAUGCUCAUGCCGGGGAUGGAGGGGCAGCUGAAAAAGAUUCCCGGGUUUUGUGAUGACGGCAUGGGGACGUCCAUCCCGGGCGUGCACGGCCACGUGAACUGUGACGUCCUGGUGGGCUACAAGGCCGUGUACCGUGUGUGCUUUGGCAUGGCCAUGUUCUUCCUCCUCUUCUCCCUCCUCAUGAUCAAGGUCAAGAGCAGCCGGGACCCCCGCGCUACUGUGCACAACGGGUUUUGGUUUUUCAAGUUUGCUGCUGCAACCGCCAUUUCUGUUGGUGCAUUCUUCAUCCCAGAGGGGUCCUUCACCACAGUGUGGUUCUAUGUGGGCAUGGCUGGAGCCGCCUGCUUCAUCCUGAUCCAGCUGGUUCUGCUCAUCGACUUCGCCCACUCUUGGAAUGAGUCCUGGGUGGAGAAGAUGGAGGAAGGGAACUCUCGCUGCUGGUAUGCAGCUCUCCUCUCUGCGACGGCCAUCAACUACAUCCUGUCCUUGGUGGCGCUGGUCCUGUUCUACGUCUACUACACCCACUCCGACGGCUGCACCGAGAACAAGGCCUUCAUCAGCGUGAAUAUGCUGCUGUGUGUGGGGGCUUCCGUCCUCUCCAUCCUGCCCAAGAUCCAGGAGUCUCAGCCCAGGUCUGGACUGCUGCAGUCCUCUAUCGUGACCCUGUACACCAUGUAUCUCACCUGGUCUUCCAUGACCAAUGAGCCCGACAGGAAGUGUAACCCUAGCCUGCUGGGCAUCAUCGGGCUGAACAGCACUACCCCGGCUGGGAAAGACCAAGUCGUCCAGUGGUGGGACGCCCAGGGAAUUGUGGGCCUGUUGUUGUUCCUGAUGUGUGUUCUGUACUCCAGCAUCCGAAACUCCUCCAACAGCCAGGUGAACAAGCUGACCCUGACCAACGACGACUCAGCACUGAUCGAGGACGGGCCCAACCAGUCGGAGAACUUCGAGGAGGCCGACGGCACCAACCGCGCCGUGGACAACGAGAAGGACGGGGUCACCUACAGCUACUCCUUCUUCCACUUCAUGCUCUUCCUGGCCUCUCUGUACAUCAUGAUGACCCUCACCAACUGGUACAGCCCUGACUCCAGCUACGAGACCAUGACCAGCAAGUGGCCGGCGGUGUGGGUGAAGAUGUCGUCCAGUUGGAUCUGUGUGGCCCUGUACGUGUGGACCCUGGUGGCCCCCAUGGUCCUUACCAACCGCGACUUCGACUGAGAGCUCAAAGCUGAGAGCCCCUCACCCGCUCACCCUCCCCACACCCGAGUUGUGAAUACCCCGCAGCGUACCAUGUGACCAGCUUCGCCGCAUAUGUAAAUACUGUACGUGUUCUCUUUGUGGCCGGUUCCUAUACAUUUUUUUUAUUUUAUUUUUUUUACUGCAUGUUAAGAUUAGGUGGAUAUUUCUCAUGGAGCAUUGAAACCUGCUGAAGGGAGUGAAGCUGACAGGGUUUUAGGAAGUCAUUAGUGGGAGGUAUGUCACUUGACACCUGACUUGGGAGAGGCGUUAGGUACCAACGAGAAGUUGAAGUGCCAACUGUGUACACAAAUGCAAAUAAGCUGAAUUAUUUGCUGUCUGACACCCUUGAAAAUCUGAAAGAUAUGAUAUUGUGAAAAUCGAAAUGGGAUUCAUUUUAGUAGGUGCUGGAGUAGCCACAGCUUAUUGCAAGAUUCCUGUAAAAGGUCAGAUGUGUAUUCCCUGCAGAUUUUAUUUGUGGCAUUUUGUUAAGGUGCGCUAAACUGUUAUGUAUUAAUAGACACGUAGUUUAAUAUUUGCAUGAUAUCUGCUCCCAUCAAAAGGAACCCCCUUCCUUUGUGGUGUUUAAUUUGCUGUGACUUUCUUUCCCUUGUAACAAAUCUCAGUAUGCAUUGUAAAGGUAAAUCAUUUGAAUUGGGUAUACUUAUACCAACCCUUUGACUAAACUGCAAAAAAAAUAAAAAUAAUUUAUGGCAUAGACUUCACCUGGCUUUUUUAGGUCAUACAUGUCAGACUUUGCACUGGUUACUUUUAAAGUAUUGCAUCUUCAAAUGCGUGUUUUUACUGUAGAAAUUGGCUGAGGGAGGGCUUUGUAUUAGUGGGCCAUUUUCAUUUGUGCAAUGUGUCUUAGGAUGGCAACCGUCACUUGUAUUGUGGUUGCACACGGCAGUAGAGCUACCAUUACACCAUUCAGUAUUUAUAAUUUAUAUUUGCCUAUUAAAUGUAAGUGCAUUGUAACCGAUCUUCAAUUAAUUUCAAUAAAGGUAAUCUUUCCUCAUAUGUGGCUCUUGGAGGUUUAAAUUUCAAAUAUGUACCAAUGCUUUAAAAAAUGAAUAAAAAUCAAUGAGACACAGUGA